AUGGCCACCGCCACCACCACGGUCCACGAACCGCCCUUCGCGCCCGCUUCGUUCACAUCGUCGCUCACGCAGGCGGCGACCCCGUCGUCGCUGGACACACUCCCCGGGGACAUUGAUAUUCGCGAGCGCGUGCUGGAGCUCAUCGGUGGGGGGUCUUCGGGCGAGAAGAUCAUUCGGGGUUUCCUAAUCGGCAUCGCCUUGGGGCUCAUUCUUGGCGGCGUCUGCUGCUGCUGGGUGCCCUGCUUCGGGCGCAGGCAGCAGGAGACGCGCCGUCGCCGUCGCCAGGACAGGGUGCGGAGGGGCCUGCCAGCCAGAAGACCGCUCGACGAGAGGAUAUCAUGGCUGCAGAGGCGCCGUCGACGCGGCGGCGGGGCUGCUGGCGAUGGGGACGGGGACGGCAGGGAGGGGGAGCCGCCGCCGCCGCCGCCGCCGCCCGGGAUCGUGACAUGA